CUUCUACACAAAGUUCAGGCCUCUGCCUGUUCUACUCUGUUAACCACAGGAGCCCAAAGUUCUCCCAUAACUAAUCUGAACCUGUGAUCGCUUGCUCUGCUCUUAGGAGCUCUCACACUCCCUUUCCCUCCUAAGGAACAGGUGAUUGUGUGAGGACGAUGGAGCAGGGCAGCAGGCCCUUGGAGGACUUCCCUGUCAACGUGUUUUCCGUCACUCCUUACACACCCAGUACCGCAGACAUCCAGGUGUCCGACGAUGACAAGGCAGGGGCCACCUUACUCUUCUCAGGCAUCUUCCUAGGACUGGUGGGGAUCACGUUCACCAUCAUGGGCUGGAUCAAAUACCAAGGGAUCUCCCACUUGGAAUGGACCCAGCUCCUCGGGCCCAUCCUGCUGUCGGUCGGGGUGACGUUCAUCCUGAUUGCUGUGUGCAAGUUCCAAAUGCUCUCCUGCCAGUUGUGCAGCGAGAGUGAGGAAAGGGUCCCUGACACGGAGCAGACGGCAGGAGGACAGUCAUUUGUUUUCACUGGUAUCAACCAGCCCAUCACCUUCCAUGGGGCUACUGUGGUGCAGUAUAUCCCUCCCCCUUAUGGCUCUCAAGAGCCCAUUGGGGUGAACACCACGUACCUGCAGCCGAUGGUGAACCCUUGCUGCCUCACACCACCUGGAGUGGUGGCCGCUGCCACGCCAAGCCCUCCUCAGUACUGCACCAUCUACCCUUCGGAGAACUCUGCCUUUGUUGACGACCAGGACUACCCUGCCUUCACGGAUGGUGGAGAUGACAGGUCCAGCCCUGAUGCUGAGCUGCUAGAAGAGAUGCAGCGGGGAGGUGAGGACUCUGCUGACUUCUCUCCUCCCCCCUAUGAGGAGAUAUUCUCCCUCCCUCGAUAGAGACUAAUGCUGAGGGAGUAGCCUGAAGUCAUUGUUGCUGACAAAUGAAGUGUUCUACGCUGCAACCUUCAGGAGGCAGACAGCAGAGCAGCCUGACAGACACCAUUCAAGGGGGGUGGGAGGUGAAAUGUCUCAAAUUGGUAAAAAUAAGGCUGGGGUGGAGAAAUUACCUUCUGAUACAGUGAGGGAUCCCCCGCCUACAGUUCACCAGCAGCAUGCCUACCAGUGAGAGUAGGGGUGGGAGGGAGGCAGGGAAGAGAAAACUGGCUUUCCCAGGGCCCUUCUCAGUUCCCAGGGUACAUUUGCAUAUCCCAUCAGGUGUCCCCGAGGACUCUGGGUAUCUUAAAGGCUGCAAUAAACAAACGAAUAAAUGGAGUACAAAAUAAAGAAUAUGUUCUGUUAGGAUAUUGGAUAGGUGUCUAAACCAUACAAAAUAAGUAAGGAUAGGACAAUGAUGUCAUUAGAUACUUAAGUUAUCAUUGGGUCGCAGGGACUCUGGGCUGCUGAUGCUCUUGUGGGAAAGUUUAGGCUUGAUGUGUCCGCCCAGGUUGGGAUCAGUGCUGGGCACGAGCUGCCUGGGCGCAGUGCCGGCAGAACCCGGGACUUCUCUCAGCACCUCACAAGAGUUCUGUAGAGUUAGACAGAAUGGAGCUGCCAUGCCAACACCUGGGAAAUCAUGGAUCGUGGAAAUAAUCGUUAUAGCCAAGACAAGCUCAUCUCUUUUAUAAAAAAACACACACAUACUGUUGCCCUUAAUUUCCAUGAAUCCGGACUAUGUAAUAAACAACCAGAACA